AGGUGAGAAGCCAUUUCGGUGUGAGUUCCCCGGCUGCCUGCGGAAAUUUGCCAACAGCAGUGACCGUAAGAAGCACUCGCAGGUCCACACCAGCGCCAAACCGUACGACUGCAAGUCCCACGGCUGCUUCAAGUCCUACACACACCCCAGCUCCCUCCGAAAACACAUGAAGAUCCACCUCAACGCACUCAAGUCCUCUCCUACCUCCGAACCCAUAGACCUGUCAUUCACAGGGAUUCUUGGGAAACGUAGUUCCCAGGAUUACGUAGCUUCACGGACUAACUGCUCCUCCUCCAGGCUCUCGCUGCCUCCGGCGGUGUCCAACAUGAAGGAGUGGUACGUGUGUACCAGGACCACAGGUCAGGGACAGAACUACCUCCAACUCACAGCAGACCAGAUCAAGUCAGAACCGUGUAGUGGUGAYGAGAAGUAUUAUAACACCACGUAGCAGCAGCAGAAUGMRUUGCAUUAUGGACUGUGUCAACUACAAUGAAUCCUAAAUACAUGGAUAGAAGCUGGAAGAACAUAACAUACGUCCCGUAUCAAUAUGGCAAUUAUUUAAAACACUUAUUAUUAUUUUAACCUUUAUUUAACUAGGCUAGUCAGUUAAGGACAAAUUCUUAUUUACAAUGACGRCCUACC